AUUCCAUAUUCCAAAAUUUAGAAGAAAAAAAAAACCUAAAAAUCAAAUCUUGUGGUGGAGACCGAGGGAAGAAGCCACCAACGCCUUAUCUUUCUAGAGGUUCGUCAAUCCAAGGCCAGGAAUUCCAAUUAAUUCCAAAUUCUCGACUUAAUUUUUGAUUUGGGUGUCUAAAUUUGAGCUCAAAGUUCAUUGAUUUCACCUUCUACUCACUAAUCAUGGCUUCCAUUGUUGCUACUCUACCUCCGCCAUUGUUGGCGCCCCGCAAAAGCUUUACUAUUUUGAACAUUUCUCAGAAGCUCUCUGUUUUAUCCACUGCUAAAGGACGUUGUGGCAAUGUUGUUGUAAAGGCUGUCGGAGGCAGCUCUGAGUCUUCUACUUCCCUUGAUAUUAUUAAGUCUGUUCGAAAUGUUUGGGAUCAACCUGAAGACCGAUUCGCACUUUUCGGCCUGGGAUUUGCAGCUGUAGCAACUGCAUGGACAGCAACAAAUCUUGUUACGGCCAUUGACAAGCUACCACUGCUUCCAGGUGUAUUAGAAUUCAUAGGAGCACUGGUUUCUUGGUGGUUUGUGUAUCGCUACCUCCUGUUCAAGCCAAAUCGGGAAGAGCUUUUGCAGAUAAUCAACAAGUCAAUAUUAGAUGUAUUUGGACAGUAAAAUUGGCCGAUUUGGACCAAUCUUCAUUAUAUUCCAUUCUUUUUUACAAAGUAAUGAUGAUGAAAGAGGGUUGGUCCCAUUCAACAGUCAAGUGUGAAUUUUUUAAUCAAGGUUGGUGUUUUGUUCAUCAAUGUAUUGCAAUCCCAAAUCUUCAAUCUCUGCAGUCUAUGUUUAUGUUUCAAAAUUUCAACACUUUAUUUGUUAGGAUUUAGAAAGACGUUGCAUACCCGCAAUGUUAUGGGUUUGUAAUUCAAAAUCUAUGUUUUGAUUGACCUUACCAGGUUUGGUUUGUAAUAUAAACUAGAGGUACAAGGAAAAACCACUCUAACCGACCAAAAUCAUUUGUUAGUUUGGAUUGAAAUCGGUUGAUUUGGCGGUUUCGGUUGAAAAUAUGUCAAAGUUGAGAAGUUGUGGUUGGGUUUGUGAGAAAAAAAUAUGUGGAAAACCGAAACGGCCGCUAAAACAUAUGCAAUAAAAUAACUAGUUCCGUUGAAA